AUGGCCCCCGAUGGCCCCCGGUGGCUCCCGAACACGACAAACCGUGGCCCUUUGAGGUCUGUUCGGGUGCCGUGCGGUGUGACCCAGACCCGCGAGGCUACUGAGCGCGCCCCUGCCAACUCACACCGCCCUCGCCACCUCCGAGUCACCGCACCGAGUCACGACACCACCUUCGUCGACCGCGGCCUCUCUGGCGCCACACUUAAAUACAGCAUCGCCACCUUCUACAAAAACUCACUCCCAGGAUCAGAGCCACACCCAGCCCUCCCCCCCCCUCGCUGGCGGCCCCUCACGCCCUCGCGCCGCCCGUCCCCUGCCUGCGCCCCUGCCUCACCUUUACCACCUGACACCAUCUUGGACCCUCUCCAUCUGGCGCCUCGUCUGACCUCUCCCCGCGAGCAGGCAGCUCCCCUGGCCCUUCCGACAGAUGGCUUCGUCGCGCCGGCUCCCCCUGGGCCUAUGCCCCGAGGGACCCUCGCCCCCUGCUCCUUCAGCCCCGCCCCCCCCCACACAUCCUCCUUCCCGUGGGAGCCGCAGCCGGGGCGAGCGACUCGGGCCCCGGCGGGCUUCGGAUGCGCUUCCUCCAAGCACUUCGCACAAGGGAUUCUCGGCGGACUUUUUCUCCGCGGCUCCACGCAGCGCUCCGGGCGCCGCCGCCCGCCCGCGUAA